AUGGCGAAGCAGAGCGGGCUGCUCCAGCUCGCGCUAUGCGCGCUGAUGAUCUAUACCAUGUUCCUCGUGUGGGGUCUAUUGCAGGAAAAGAUCACCAGCACCGUGUAUACCACGGGCGAGGACCCCCUGGAUCCGUUCGCGGAAGGCGAGCGCUUCGAGUACGGCGUGCUGCUCAACGCGGUCCAGGCGCUCUUUUCGUGCGCCGCAGCGUCGGCAUAUUUGCUUUUGCGUGCGUCUCCGUCGACCGGCACGAACGGGUGCCUAGCCUCGCGCCUGGGCCUUUCGGUGCUGACGCCCAAGGGGUGUCACCGAGCGCUGAUCGCACGCGGCAAGGUGCCUGCGACCGAGGCCGAGCCGCGCGGGCUCGCCAAGUACGUCUCGCCGCUUGCGCAGCGCUACUUUUUCAUUUCCGCACUGCAGUCCACCGGCUCGUGGCUGAGCAUCGUGUCGCUGCGCUACCUGUCGUUCCCUGCGAUUACGCUGGCCAAGUCGAGCAAGCUUGUGCCUGUGCUGCUGAUGAAUGUGCUGCUGUACCGCCGCAAGUUUGCACCGUACAAGUACGUCGUCGUGAUGCUUGUCACGAUCGGCGUCUACAUGUUCAUGGCGCUCGGCAAGCCCUCGAAGAAAAAGGGCCCGACCGGCGGCGGCCACAUUGGCAUGGCGCUCCUGGCGAUCCACCUGCUGCUCGACGGCACGACCAACAGCACGCAGGACGACGUGUUUGCGACCUAUGGCACCGAACUCGUGACUGGCACGCAGAUGAUGCUCGUCAUGAAUGCGAUUUCGGCGUCGUACAUGACGUUCACGCUGCUGCUGCCGGAAGGCCUCGGCGCGUUUGUCACGUCGCACAUCCGCCUCGCGCUCGCAUCGCUCGUGCAUCCCCACUGGAUCGCGCAGUUCCUUGCGGAAGGACUCAGCGGUCCGGUGGCUCUCUCUUUCACGCCGCAGCUCGUGUCGGGCGUGCAGUUCUUGCUGCGUCACCCUGACGCGGCGCGCGACGUGGCACUCUACGCGCUUGCGGGCGCUGCCGGCCAGAUUGCCAUCUUUGAGACGCUUGAGCGCUUCGGCAGCCUGACGCUCGUCUCUAUCACGGUCACACGCAAGCUCUUUACGAUGCUCCUCUCGAUCCUGGUGUACCAGCACCAUCUGCGCAGCCUGCAGUGGGUCGGUGUCGCAGUCGUCUUUGCGGGCCUCUUUUUGGAGCUGCGCGAAAAGCAGCGCCAGUCGGCUGCCGCAAAGGCCGCCAAGCGCCAGUAG